CUUAAAAGAAAAAACAUGUUCUCUAAAAUCCUUGCCGUCGCUGCUUUCGUAGCUGUCGCCCAAGCCGGAGUUCUCGACUACUCCCACGGACACCACGCCACCUCCUACUCCGUAGCUUCCCCAGUCGUAGCCGCCCACGCUGCUCCAGUCUACGCACAUGCCGCCCCCGUAGUCCACGCCGCCCCCAUCGUAGCUAAAUACGCUGUCCCAGCUUACGCCCAUGGACACGAAGAAUACCCCAGUGCCCCGGCCAAAUACGAAUUCAACUACGGAGUCCAAGACCCCCACACCGGAGACCACAAGAGCCAACACGAAGUACGUGACGGUGACGUAGUCAAGGGCAGCUACAGCGUCGCCGAAGCUGACGGUACCUUGAGAACUGUGCACUACACCGCUGAUGCCCACAACGGAUUCAACGCUGUCGUAGAAAAGUCCGGAACGCCUGUCCAUCCAGUCGCUGCUCCCGCUAAAGUUGUCGUACCUGCUGUAGCCAAGACUAUUGUAGCCGCUCCAGUUCAAUAUGCUGCCCCAGCUCACUACGCUGUCCCGACUGUAGCCAAGGCUAUUGUAGCUGCUCCAGCUCACUAUGCCGCCCCAGCUCACUAUGCUGCCCCAGCUCACUAUGCUUCCGCCCCAGUAGCUUAUGCCGCCCCCCAUUACUACCACCAUUAAGUCUGUGAAUGCUUUAUUAUGUAUAUAUCGUGACCAAGUGGGUUUUUUUUUAUUUAUUUUUUGUACUGUAUAUAUAGAAAAUUGGUGAAAUAAAUUCGCUACAUCAAA